GCGGGGCGGUGUUACGUCGCCACCCCAGAGCCGGGCCGGGACCUCCGGAUCGCGCGGCGUUCCGGAGCGGCCGGGAGCUCGGGGAGGUCCCCGCGGAGGCCCGCGGGAGGCGGCUCGGGGGCUGGCGCGGAAGUCCGGGCCUGGGAGCCGCAGGCAUGCUGCGUCCCAAGGCUUUGACCCAGGUGCUAAGCCAGGCCAACACCGGAGGUGUCCAGAGCACGCUGCUGCUGAAUAACGAGGGAUCUCUGCUGGCCUACUCCGGUUACGGGGACACGGACGCCCGGGUCACCGCGGCCAUCGCCAGCAACAUCUGGGCCGCCUACGACCGCAACGGGAACCAAGCGUUUAAUGAAGACAAUCUCAAAUUCAUCCUCAUGGACUGCAUGGGUCUUUGGGGUGAACCCAUGAUAAUGACAUCAACCAUUUGGAUAGGCCUUUGCAGUUUCAAAACUCCCUCCUGUGUACUACACGUCACCAGCUGGGAUAAGGAGGGCCGUGUCGCCAUCACCCGGGUGGCCAACCUUCUGCUGUGUAUGUAUGCAAAGGAGACGGUGGGCUUCGGGAUGCUCAAGGCCAAGGCCCAGGCCUUGGUGCAGUACCUGGAGGAACCCCUUACCCAAGUAGCCGCUUCAUAAUGAGCCUUGGCUGAAGCUGGGGUCAGAAAAGAUAAAUGACCAUUUGGAGGGGCAGGGCCCCCUGGGGAAGCCUUUCUGGGUGGUAGGGGGAAGGUGAGACUUUGUGUUUUCCAAGAAUAAACUUGAACUCCUGUCUUG